AUGAAUUAAAUGGGAGUUAUUGCUAUUAAAAGAAAGUAGAGUUAUUAAUUGAAUGUAAAAAUAAACUAUAUAAAUACAGCUCAUCAAAUUAAAAAACCAUGUUAAUAUAUAUAAAAAUGUAUUUUAUUUAGACUUUUAUAUAAAUUUUGUAAGCAGCUAAUUCCUUUAAAUUUCAAUUUAUUUCUAAUAUUCUAUUUUUAUCAUUUAUUAUUUCAUUUGAUAUUUAACUAUUUAUUAAAGUUCGCGAAAAAAAUAAAUAAAUUAAUAAGAAAUUAAAGAAAAAACCGCGAAAAAAAAGAGGCAUUUAAACAUAAAAAAAUACAAAUUAAUAUUAAUCAUUAUAAUUAUUUAAAACAAAAUAUUCAAUAAGUAGGAAUCAUUUUCUAAAAUAAAAAAAGCAAACUAACACUAAAGCUAGUUCAAAAAAAGAGUUUAUCUGAAUAUUAUAGGAAAAUAAAAAUGAAGAAAAACGGAAAAUCAUAAAAUCAACCCUUAGAUUUUACUUAAUAUGCUAAAAAUAUGAGAAAGGAUUUAUCCAACUAAGAUAUUUGUUUGGAAGAUGGAGCAUUAAAUCAUUCAUAUUUCUUAACUAAGAAGGGUUAAUAUUGGACUCCUCUUAACUAAAAAGCACUCCAAAGGGGUAUUGAAUUAUUUGGGGUUGGAAACUGGAAAGAAAUCAAUUACGACGAAUUUAGUGGCAAAGCUAAUAUAGUAGAAUUAGAAUUAAGAACAUGCAUGAUCCUUGGUAUAAACGACAUCACUGAAUAUUACGGAAAAAAAAUAUCUGAAGAAGAAUAAGAAGAAAUUAAAAAAAGCAAUAUUGCAAAGGGUAAAAAGGAAAAUAAAUUAAAAGAUAACAUCUACUAGAAGUUAUAAUAAAUGUAAUGA